GGUUUUAUUAUUAGUUGGCGGGGAGAAUGAGAAAUUAAGCGCGCUUUAUGAAAAGCGCCUCGCUGUUGCUUAUUAUUGUUAAAAGCUCGCCGUCGUGCUCGGCCCCUUUGUUUACUACGAUCACUUUUAGCGGAUCCGCGGCUGCUUUGGCUCGUCUGCCUCGUCCUAUGCCCUCUUCCGCCGUUUAAUGCGUCCAUCAGUUAUAAAGACUCACCUGACCGGUUUAUCAGAAUAAUUCAGCGGGAUAGCGCGGUUUGUUUUCAUUUCGUGCGCGUAACCGUCAGUGUUCAUUGCUAGCGCCGGCGAGCUCUUUAGUCAAUAAAAUGCGUUCUGCUGUCAAAAUGAUGAUAUAAUGCGCCGUGUUAUUUUAUUUAGUUUUUUAUUUAUCAUAUUGCAUAUUUAUGCUACGCUGCCUUUAAUAAAGUUACAUUAUUGGCAAUAUGUUUAUGCUGGCCGACGAGACUUUGGAUGGACGGAGACAGUUCAACUACAGAUGCCUCCCAGCUUGGCAUAACAGGAGAAUAUAUGGCUGGGAGCCACUUUGUUCUUGCUCAAGCUCCAGAAGAUGAAGGUGAUGAGGGUCUCAACGACCACGAGGAUGGCAAUGGAAGCAAAGACAACCUGCGUGAACAAGACAUCUAUCUCCCCAUCGCCAACGUAGCUCGAAUCAUGAAGAAUGCAAUCCCUCAAACUGGAAAAAUAGCGAAGGACGCCAAGGAGUGUGUGCAGGAGUGUGUGAGCGAGUUCAUCAGCUUCAUCACUUCAGAAGCCAGCGAGAGAUGCCAUCAGGAGAAACGCAAGACGAUAAACGGCGAAGACAUCCUGUUCGCAAUGUCCACGCUGGGUUUCGACAUGUACGUGGAGCCUCUGAAACUCUACCUGCAGAAGUUCAGAGAGGCCAUGAAAGGAGAGAAAGGCAUAAGCACUGUAACAGUAACCGAAGGCAUGGGAGAGGAGCUGACCGAUGAGACUUUCACAAAUCCGCUACCUGCAGGAAUCAUAACAGCUGAUGGACAGCAACAAAACGUGAUGGUGUACACCACCUCCUACCAGCAGAUCCCAGGUGUGCAGCAGCUUCAGUUCUCCUGAAGAUGUGCGGAAAUCAGCACCUAUUCAUCGCCUCCGGACCUCCAACACUUCCACGAGUCGUGAGCGGAGGGGUCUUACGGAGGUCUUCGGUGGACUCUCACAGAGCUGGACUUCUAUGUUUGUUUAGCUUGUUUUUGUGUGUGCUCCUUGUGUGUCUGUGCACACACGUUAUGAUUUUGCGUGACUAGUCUGUUGGGUGUUAUUUUGUAUUAUACAUUUGGAGUUUUAUCCAUGUAAACGUUGGUAAAGGGGGUGGAAAAGGGGGUUCAGAACUAACUCACCCCUCUAUCAAAGCAAUAAAAUAUAACAAAUGUGAAUUUUCCUGCAAUUUGGUGGAAUUACUGCUUUGCUCCUUUUUUAUAUAGAUUAAAAAUCAUGUUGCAUGUGUAAUUUCAGUUUGAUGAGAUGUUAACGCUUAAAAUAAAAUGUGGAAUUUUUGUAAAUAGAUCAUAUUUUUGUGUAUAAUUUUCCCCCCUCAAUGUUUAAGUGGAUUUGUACUGAUGCAUUUCGUUUCACAUGGAGAACCACAUUUUAAAGCAAUCUGCAUUUAUCAAUGAAAUCCAAAAAUAAAUGUAAAUAAGUUCUUCGGUGUGGCCCAUUUAAGGACUGUGACUUCUUUGGAUGAUUUUAAGAUUUUAAAAUGCUUUUUGUUUUGUUUCACAAAAUAAAAAGAGGAGCAAAACAAUUAAUUUAUUUAAAAAAAAUAUUUGUCCUAGUUGUUGUCUUUUCUCCAAUGUGAUUAUUCUUAUUUUUUUUUGAGCAUUACAAAUACGUGUGUGUUUAUGAUCAAUUAAUGCUGAAUGAAAGAAGAAUAUGUAUAUAAAUUGUCAUGACAAAAAAAUAUCAGGUUUGGAACAAAUUAUUUUGUGGAUGUUAACCUGGAUAUUGUGGUGCAAAUACCUGGGAAAAAAAACAAGAUUUUAAAUUGUUUUAUUUUGUGUAAUAAAAUAAAAUGUUAUAUUAUCUAA